AUGACCUCUGGUCGAGCACUUAUCGUACCGGAAAGACAAAAGCCGUUGAAACAACUCGUAGGAAUGGCGUGGGUUCGUCGUGGAAACUCUAAUAAUACAUACAGAGGAGCAUUAUAUUUUACUGCAUUCACUACAACUCUGUUCAAUUCGAGUGCGUGGACAUGCUCUCGCUGUGGACGAGGCGUCGAAAAAGCUUUAUUCGUCGUGAUAUUUCUCACCCUGUCAUUCAUUGCUAUACUCGCGGUAUUUGCAAGGUCAGGUAUCGAUACUUGGAUACAAUUCUCGUUGUAUAUUGUGCCUAUACUCACGAUGAUCUGCGGCCAUCGGAUAUUCAAGUCUUACUCGUUCAAGGAAAUUUUGAACCGAAGUAUCGAAGUGAAUCCAACUCGUAAUUUACACGGAAGCGAUGGUGAAUCCGUAAGAGCUUACGAAAGUGAUCGUUUUGAUAUGCGAACGCGUCGUACAGAUUUUCUUAGAAAUCGUUCUCUGAAAACAUGCUUUUACCCUGUGAGCCUAGUCGUCUAUCAAUGGACUGUUUAUCUUCUGUUCUACUACGUCGUUGGAAGCGACGAAUUUUCAGGGCCUUUUAAAACACCCAUACGUCCAUUUAAUAUCGUGAAAUAUCUACAUUUAUGGUUAGGCCAGAAAAUAUGGCUUCCGCUUUAUUAUAUUUUUUGGACGAUCGCUAUGUACGUAACUGGGUUCGUCGCGUGCUGUUUUAUGCUUGUGGUUGAUAUCCAUAAGCUUGAUAUUAAGUCGUUUCUCUGUAAGCUUGGAGACGGGCCUUUGGUGCAAUCUACAAGCAACCAUGCCAACGAAGAGCAUCGAGCAACGCGAGUUACAGUCCAUGGUCAAUACGACGCGGUUGGUGCUAGGGUUAAAAAUCCGUUCGGAUUUUGUUUCAAAGUUGUUUCAGUGAUUGCCGGGUUUUUGACUCUAGGACUUGUGGACGCGUCCAAGACGCAGCAAUUAUCGCCGGGCAUCUCAGGUCUUGAGGGCACCGAAAAUUCCGAAGAUUUAGUCGGCGCGGUUCCGGAUAGUGGUGUAUCAGAGGGGUUGGCUGGCUCGCUUCGAUUUGAGGAUGGAGUGCGGGCAACUUCAGAUGGGGAAACUGGUAGCCCCGUGAAUAUAAUCACCGCGCGGAAAGCCAGUAGACUGUUAAUUGAACUUAUGUCAAACCUCGAAAAGAACAGUUCGUUGUUUAAACCAUUUCUCGUCCUGCUAACUUUCUUUUCCGUGACAAAUCUAGUCACCCAUGUUGUCGCAAUAGCAGUUUUGAAAAUAUACGGUUUCACCGACCUACAUUGGUGGACCCUGGCUCGUACACUUUUUUGGUUCUUACUCGCAAUCCGGUUGCUAUGGACGGUUGCUACGAUUACGAAUGCACUAUCACGUAUCAUCCCACACGUUUGCUACCUCAGAAGCGUCGGCAAGUUGCCGGGUGCCAAGCAAGAUUGGGACGAUUUUUUUCGACUCGCCGAAACUUUUCAAUUCGGUUCGAAGAGCUACGGCUUUCCGCUAACGUUAAGUCAAGUUGCAAGCAUUGUAGCUGUAGUUAACUUCUCGUUUCUGAUUGCUCUCUCCUUGAUUUCAAAAACACGGAGUUAGAUCUACUGUA